ACCUUGGAGGGGGCGUUUCCGGGACGUUGCUUCUCGGCUGUGGCGCUUGCGAUUCGGAUCUGCAUGCUUUCUCAACGCUCCUGGCGGUGAGAUAAGGAGGGCGUGGGGACCCGCGAGGAGGCGGAGGGAGUAGAGAUUCCACGCAGCGACCGGGGAUCUGGGCACUGGACUUCUGGGAGCGGGGCAUGGGCGGGGCGUCCGUCAAGGCCACGCCCCCUGCUUCACUGUGGGGCCUGGGCCGCUAAGAUGGCGGCAGCCUCUUCGCCUGCGGCUGCAGCCUGCGCAGGGCGCAGGACACCGGGGCCGGGGUCCGAGUAGCGCCUUCUUAGAGCCCUUAGUGUCCCAGUCGCGGGGCGCCUUGGGCCGCGGCGGUCGCAGCCCCCGGGGUCCUCGUUGUGCCCCCCCGGCGCGCCCAUGAACUCGGUGUCGCCCGCCGCCGCGCAGUACGGGAGCGGGAGCCCCGAGGACUCACGCCGGCCCGAGGCCCGCAGGCCGCGGGGCCCCCGGGUUCCGGAUCCCAACGGCCUCGGACCCUCCGGAGACAGUGUCCCGGCUCUUGGCUCGUCUGGGGCCUCUCCCGGUGAGCCGGACGAAGUGGACAAGUUCAAGGCCAAGUUCCUGACUGCCUGGAACAAUGUGAAGUACGGUUGGACAGUUAAAAGCCGGACCAGCUUUAGCAAGAUCUCCAGCAUUCACCUCUGUGGCCGCCGCUACCGUUUCCAGGGCGAGGGUGACAUCCAGCGUUUCCAGCGGGACUUUGUGUCUCGCCUAUGGUUCACAUAUCGCAGAGACUUCCCACCCCUACCUGGGGGCUGCCUGACCUCAGACUGUGGCUGGGGGUGCAUGUUACGCAGUGGUCAGAUGAUGCUGGCUCAGGGCCUGUUACUGCAUUUCCUGCCCAGAGACUGGACAUGGGCUGAGGGCAGAGGCCUGGGUCCCCCUGAGCUGUCAGGGUCGGCCUCUCCCAGCCAAUACCAUGGGCCUGCCCACUGGAUGCCACCACGGUGGGCCCAGGGCACUCCUGAACUGGAGCAGGAACACCAGCACCGGCAGAUUGUGUCCUGGUUUGCUGACCACCCCCAGGCUCCCUUCAGCCUACACCGGCUUGUGGAGCUUGGGCAGAGCUCAGGCAAGAAGGCUGGUGACUGGUAUGGGCCAUCAGUAGUGGCACACAUCCUCAGGAAAGCUGUGGAGAGCUGCUCUGAGGUCACCCACUUGGUGGUAUAUGUUUCUCAGGACUGCACAGUGUACAAGGCAGAUGUGGCCCGCUUGGUGGCCAGGCCAGAUCCCACAGCUGAGUGGAAGUCUGUAGUCAUCCUGGUGCCUGUGCGACUGGGUGGUGAGACUCUCAAUCCUGUGUACGUGCCCUGUGUGAAGGAGCUCCUGCGUUCGGAACUAUGUCUGGGCAUCAUGGGUGGGAAACCGAGGCACUCACUGUACUUCAUUGGCUACCAAGAUGACUUCCUGCUGUACUUGGACCCCCACUACUGCCAGCCCACUGUGGACAUCAGCCAGGCUGACUUCCCUCUGGAGUCCUUCCACUGCACCAUACCCCGCAAGAUGGCCUUCACCAAGAUGGACCCGAGCUGUACUGUGGGCUUCUAUGCUGGAGGCAGGAAGGAGUUUGAGACACUCUGCUCAGAGUUGACCAGGGUCCUCGGCUCCUCCUCGGCCAUGGAACGUUAUCCCAUGUUCACCCUGGCUGAAGGCCAUGCUCAAGACCAUAGCCUGGAUGACCUCUGCUCUCAGUUCUCCCAGCCAGCGCUGCGGAUCCCUCGCUCUGGGUGGCUCCUCAAGGCUAAACGCCCAAGCUCAGAAGACUUUGUGUUUUUAUAAAAGGAAGAAAUGGAGGAAAAGA